CCCACCCCCAGACUGCCCCAUGUCCAAGGAGCAGACAGUCAACACAGGUCUCCACCAGCGAAGAGACAAUGCUGGCCUAUUGUCUCGCAUAGAGACCGACCCUGCUCAUCAUUUGACCGGUCCGUUUAUGACCCAAACCCCCCUCGGCGGCAACACUCCCUCGUCAGAUGGCUCGCCAGUUUCUACUAACGGGGAUGGGUUUCCGAGCAUCAAAACCAAGCCAGGCUUCUGGGACGAUAUCAAGACCUUUCGGUGGAUUGUCAAUCCCGCAUCGUCUUUCAAGAUCCUUUUUUUCUUUGUAAUUCUCUGGGCUAACUGGGAGGUGCUCGCACCCUACGUGGCACCCAGCCUGUCAAAUCCUUUUGAACCCUUGCUCUUCAUCUCACACCAAGUUCCCUCAUCUCUCUCAGAUGACCCUAGGUAUCAAAAAGGGUAUCUCGACCUUGUCUUUGUCGCAUUUCAUAUCGUAUUCUUCUGUUUCCUCCGGCAAGUCAUCACCAUCACCAUAGGCCACCCUGCUGCAAAAUAUUUUGGCAUCCGAAAACACGCAAAAGUGGACAGAUUUGGAGAGCAAAGUUACGCUGUGGUGUAUUUUGCUGUUAUGGGUGCCUGGGGAUACCGCGUCAUGGCCCAACUGCCAACAUAUUGGUUUCAAAGCAAGUGUUACUGGAUUGAUUACCCUCAUUGGGACAUGAAGCCGGAAUUGAAGCGCUACUACCUCACACAUGGUGCCUACUGGUGUCAGCAACUCAUAGUCUUGUUGCUUGGCUUAGAGAAGCCUCGCAAGGAUUAUGCUGAACUUGUUGUCCACCACUUUGUGACUAUUUGGCUCAUUGGGUGGAGCUACCUCGUUAAUAUGACGAGACUCGGCAAUGCUGUUUACUUGAGCAUGGAUAUCCCCGACACAUUCCUUUCUGCAUCCAUGCUGCUUAACUACAUGCGAUGGGAGAAGUCCAAAACUGUAGCUUACAUUAUUCUCCUCAUCACUUGGACCUAUUUCAGACAAUGGUUGAACCUGAAGAUCCUAUGGUCGGUUUGGUUUGAAUAUGACCUCGUUUCGGAAGCCCAUCGGAGAUGGGCACCUGAGACAGGCGCUUGGCUCACUUGGUGGCUGAAGUAUCAAAUGUUUGGCCCUUUACUUAUGCUCCAGUUUCUCAAUAUAUUCUGGUAUUUCCUGAUCUUACGGAUUGGGUACAGGGCGGUAACCCAAGCAAGACUAGAGGACGAGAGGUCAGACGAUGAAGACGACGGUGUCAAAGAAGACGACGAACCAUCGACUAACAAAAAAUCUAACUAACUUACGCUAGAGGCCUAUACCCAUGGUCUGGCCUGACUACUUGUGCUAAGGUAACGCCAUAUGGCGAUUAGCGCAAUACAGGGGACACAAUCUUGCUUCGAACGUUCAUGACAAAUUGACAAUUAACAAUACCGUGUUUGCUCUCUGAUAAAGUACGCAUACAACUACUUGAUUGUGAUUAUCCGCACCCUCCAAAAAGGCUCACUCCGGAUCUGAGAUCGAGGAUAACUUCGCUUUCCUUGACGACUCCGAUGAACUAGACGCCGACGACAUGGUCAUGGUCAGAGAUGUUUACUACUGGCUAGGUACACGUUGGAUAAAUACAGCAUUCUCUACACGUGGAGGUCCUGUACUUGUCCUGUUGUUUCAUUGUGUUCACAUUAGUGACUGCUGUUAUUGUUUCGAACCUGGUUCCCCUUGCCUUGUUUAUUUUCGCC